AUGAGUGUAGAGGAUGCUCUUGCAUUAGAAAUGAAUACUGAUCUCAGCGAUAAACAAUAUCAAAUGAUAAGAAACUCAGCUCUUGUACAAAACGUACAUAUUUAUCCUACCUUGCACGAUAUUUUCGUGGAAAAAUUGAAAUGUUAUCCUGAGAAUAUACAUUUUUCUGAAAUUUCUGCAAAGUGUACUCUUCAAAGCAUGUUAGAUCACACUGUGAGUAGAAUAAAAAAAAUGAUUGAGAUACCUAAUUUUGGUCAAAGUGAUGAAAUAUUUGGAGUUUUAUAUGGAAAGAUUGGUUUUGAUGGAGCAUUAAGCCAAAGUAUUUAUAAACAGAAAUACGAUAGAAGCAACGCAAGCAUAGAACUUAAGCAUGAAGAAAAUCUAUUCAGUACAGCUUUUGUGCCUUUAUUGCUCAAAGAGAGAAAAAAAGAGGAGGAGAGAGAAAAAGAGGAGGAGAAAGAAAAAGAGGAGGAGAGAAAAAAAGAGGAGGAGGGAGAAAAAGAGGAGGAGAAAGAAAAAGAGGAGGAGAGAGAAAAAGAGGAGGAGAGAUAAAAAGAGGAGGAGAGAGAAAAAGAGGAGGAGAAAGAAAAAGAGGAGGAGAGAGAAAAAGAGGAGGUGAAAGAAAAAGAGAAGGAGAGAGAAAAAGAGGAGGAGAGAUAAAAAGAGGAGAAAGAAAAAGAGGAGGAGAGAAAAAAAGAGGAGGAGAGAGAAAAAGAGGAGGAGAAAGGAAAAGAGGAGGAGAGAGAAAAAGAGGAGGUGAAAGAAAAAGAGAAGGAGAGAGAAAAAGAGGAGGAGAGAUAAAAAGAGGAGGAGAGAGAAAUAGAGAAGGAGAGAGAAAAAGAAAAGGAGAGAGAAAAAGAGGAGGACGGAGAAAAAGAAGAGGAGAGAGAAAGAGAGGAGCAUUUUUAUGGAAAAAGUACCUUCAGCUAUGUAUUAUUUUUCAGUGAAAGGAUCCUAAAACUCACAGAGAAAUAUAACAAAAUGAAAGGAUGGAGUAAACUAAACUGGUGUUCAAGCAAAGGAAUCUGGACUAAAAAGCAAGUAGAUUUCCAGGUGGAGAUUGAUACCUUAUAUGAUAUAUAUGCUCCUCAAAUAAUUGACAUGUUAAUAAAAUAUUUUAGAAGAACAGAAGAGGCAAAGAAAGAAGAUGUAGCCUUCUACGAAGACCAGCGAUCUAAAAUGAAUAUGACCAUUACUGCACAUCAAGAUAAAGAAUUUGAAACUAGGGCUCUGCGAAGAAAGGAGAGAUUUGAAAGAGUUAAACUGCUGAAUGAUCAGAAAAACUGA